UGCGCGCCAGGAGACCGCAGAUGUUUCACGCGAGAUAGCGCCACUCGCGGUCGAUGAGAAGUCGGUGAGUCGCGGCCAUCAUGGGAAAGAGGGGAAGGGAGAAGGAGAGACAUAUCAGUAGCGCAGCAACAGUCCAUGCGUACACAGCUCAAGGAGAACUCCGCGUGUCUCAAUCAUCAAAAUUUGCAAGUCAUUUUUUUCUAUAGUUUUAUUUGUUAUUGUUAGUGAAAUUAAAGAGCUUGAAGUCAAGGAAUCUAGUGAGUUUUCCAUCAGCAGCAGCAGCACAGAAAUUCGGUCAUUCAGAUCCGGAUUGGUUGGAUAGAUUCUUAUAGUUCUUUGGUAUUCUUCAGGUACUAUUUCAUCAUCUCAGGGUAGCAUAGUUUGAGGAGGUUUUCAUGCAGUUUUAUUUAACAUAUUCAGGUAAAGCAAACAAGGGUGAAUCAACUCACAGUCAGGGAGAUUCUCAUGCAGGUUUAUUUCACAUAUUCAGGUACUAUUUCAUCAUCUCAGGGUAGCAUAGUUUGAGGAGGUUUUCAUGCAGUUUUAUUUAACAUAUUCAGGUAAAGCAAACAAGGGUGAAUCAACUCACAGUCAGGGAGAUUCUCAUGCAGGUUUAUUUCACAUAUUCAGGUAAUUCAUACCACCAUUUCCUGGUCCAUCGAUCCCUUGUGGAUCACGCCUACUAGUACAGUCCUACGCAAGCAGCUGCAUCCGGUCAGCGCACUUCCGGAGCAGACAAACUCACUUACUCGUCGAAAUCGAGCAACCCGGUCAGCCAACACGUGGCUUCCAAGAAAACAUAACCUCACAUCAUGGCUUACAAUUUGGAACUGCUUUUUGCGCAAGUGCAGUCGCUGUAUGAGACAGCCAAUGCCCUCAAAAAGACAACUGUUCUGGACGGUGAUUUGUUAGAUGAUGUGGAGGCCAAACUCCAGUGCUUGCAGGGUGUUCAGCAAAGAUUUGCAGCAGCAAACUCUGCACUUCAUCAGCAAGUUUUGACACGUGAGCAGACGGAAAAGGCUCAGCGAAUGGCUACAGAUUUCUGGAAGAUCUGCACAGAGGUUGAACUCAUUCUCAGGACUUAUGUGCAGAAGAUUAAGCGUCACAUGGGUGAACAGAAACCAGUUGGAGCUUGUCAAGAGUCUGUGUCAGAUACAGUCAAAGAGCUAAUUCAGGAGCAUAACGAGUCAAUCAAGGUUAUUGCAGACUCAGUGGCGAGCGCAAUCAGUCACGGACAAUUAGGGCAGUCCAAGGCGAAACUUCCAUUGCUGCAGUUACCUACAUUCUCUGGCAAGUACUCGGAGUGGCAAGGAUUUUACGACAGUUUCUUGUCCACGGUACACAACAACAAGGAUUUGAGCGAUGUGGACAAAUUUACGUAUUUGAGGGGUGCCUUAACGGGAAGUGCAGCCAGUGCUCUCAAGCAUACUCCUACUUCGUCCAAAUAUUACCACAGAGCUCUGGAGAUUCUUCUCAAAAAGUUCAACAAGCCAAACUGUAUCGUGGCAGAAUUCGUGGACACUUUCUAUUCACAACAAGCACUUCCCCAACCAAAUGCAGUGAAGCUCAGGGAAAUGUACAAUGUGUUUGAGGAGGUGACACAUGGAUUGGAGGCAAUUGAUCACUUGAGCCAUGAGCCCUUUAUGAUUCACUCAGCACUCAAAAGGGUGGAUCCCGAGACACGCAGCAUGUGGCACAAUGAAGUGUCUGGAAGUGAGAUAAGGGGAUGGCAACAAUUCAGGGAUUUUCUGUCCGACAGAUGUGAUGCUUUGGAGAUGGCGAAAACAGGAGAUUCCCAAUCAUCUCAAGUGAAUUCCAAAAAUGCUCAGCCUUCAAAGCAAUCUUCAAAAUCAAAGGCUGCUCUUGUAACCACGGCUCAAGCAGAGCAGAAUGCGAAGUGUCCAUUCUGUGGACAAAAACAUAAGGUUCAUCAGUGUCCGAAAUUCUUGUCAGCGAAACCUGGACAGCGCCAUCAUAUGGUGUUUGACAGCAAGCUUUGCUACAAUUGUUUGCGAGAUACUCAUGUAAUUCAGGACUGUCCAUCUGGUGGUUGCAGGACAUGUCACCAAAAGCAUAAUACAUUAUUGCACGAUUAUUACCAGAAGCCUGUCAACAGCAGCUCGGACGUGACUGGUAAUAAUUCUUCAAACAACACAGAAGUACCUUCAAAAUCAGAGCAGUCUCAGCGAACUUCUCAACCCAAUGUCGUGGUGGGCAUGACCAUCAAUCAGACAAUUGAAACGCAACAAGUUCUCUUGCCUACAGUACAGAUUCUCGUGUCAGAUGUAUGGGGGAGACAACUAAAGUGCCGUGCCCUAUUGGACUCGUGCAGUCAAAUUAACUGCAUCACGCGUUCAUUUGCUCAACGUUUGGAGUUGCCAUUCAAGAAUUCCGGACAGGACAUCAAGGGUUUGGGACUAGCGACCACAGAGACUUCUCAAGCACUCACAAUUUCAAUCAAUUCGCUAUAUGAACCAUUCACAGUAAUAGCGGAGUGUGUAGUGCUGAAUCACAUCACAAAUGAUCAACCGUCAGUGCCUGUCAGUCAAAAGGUGCAGAUACCAAGCAAUCUGUUCCUUGCAGAUCCUGUAUUUCACAAACCUGGCAAGAUAGACAUUUUGCUGGGAGCUGGAGUCUUCAUGAAGGCAAUCCGCACUCAUCAGAUCAGUGGAAAUCCUUCUUUGAUGGAAACAGCAUUUGGAUACAUUAUCGCUGGGGAUUGUCCAGGGCCAGCACCGACUACCAAUCAUUCUCAUCUUGCUACAUGCCUAUGUGUGGUUCGACCUGAAGAUUCUCUACACACAAACAUGGAGAAAUUCUGGAACAUCGAAGAAGUUGGGGAUGGUCAAAGACUUCUCAGCCCAGAAGAGCAGAAGUGUGAAAAUCAUUUCAAACUACACACCACACGCAAUGGUGAGGGUCGAUUUAUCGUCAAUCUCCCUAUUCAUGGAGAUCUCAAUCGCCUGGGAAAUUCUCGAGAGGUAGCAGAAAAACGUUUUCGAUGCACUGAACAGCGGCUUCAGAAAAACAAUCAGCUGUAUGAACAUUAUCGAGACUUCAUGCGAGAGUAUGAGUCGCUUGGUCAUAUGCGACUUCUACCAGAGGGUUACACAUCUCCCCGACCUGCAGUCUAUCUUUGCCAUCAUCCAGUGAUUAAGGACUCGACAUCAACACCAGUACGAGUAGUUUUCGACGCUUCAGCGAAGACUAGUUCCGGAGAAUCACUCAAUUCAGUGCUGAUGGUGGGAGGGAAGACACAGGAAGACAUUUUUGACAUCCUUUUGAGAUACCGCCAACACAAUGUGGUAUUGAGAGCAGAUGUGCAAAAGAUGUAUCGGCAGAUUGAGGUGUGUGAUGCUGAUCAGAACAUGCAGAGGAUUCUUUGGAGAGAGUCACCCAAGGAGCCACUCAAAACAUAUCUCCUCAAGACUGUCACCUACGGAACAGCCUGUGCACCGUUCUUGGCCACUCGGUGUUUGAGGCAACUGGCUGAGGAUGAACAACAAUCAUUCCCAAUGGCAGCUGAGAUCACGAUGCGGGACUUCUACGUGGACGAUGUGUUGACAGGAACAUCCACUGUGGAAGAAGCCAAGGAAUUACAACGUCAACUCAGUCUCAUGCUCAGUCAGGGAGGUUUCAAACUCAAGAAGUGGACAUCAAAUUCUGCAGAAGUGUUGAGUCAAAUACCAGAAGCAGAUCAGGAGCGCAGUUCCUCCCACAAUUUGGAUCUAGAGGAUACUGUGAAGGCAUUGGGAUUGUUUCACAAUUCCACCACUGACCAACUGCGAUAUCAGAUGUCUGACAUUUCCAGUCCAGUCUCAAGAAGGGGAAUUCUCGCAGACACCGCCAGAGUGUAUGAUCCACUUGGAAUACUGGCUCCAGUCAUUCUCAAUGCCAAAAUUUUACUUCAGUCACUUUGGAGGAAGAAUCUGGAUUGGGAUACUGAGUUAGUAGGAGAAGUAGCCCAAAAAUGGCAGGAGUAUCAGGACGACAUCAAAUAUGCAGUGGCAAAUAUUGCAGUUCCACGUCAGGUCACAUGUAGCGGUCCUUCUCAGGACACCCAGCUGUACCUUUUCUGUGACGCAUCAGAAAAGGCAUAUGGUGCGUGCAUUUAUGUACGUACUGUUGAUUCAAACAACAAGGUUCAUUCACAUUUGUUGUGUGCCAAGACCAAGGUGGCGCCAUUGAAGCAACUCACUCUUCCACGUUUGGAGCUCUGUGCAGCAACUCUUGGAUCACGACUGAUGAAGAGAGUGAGAGAUGCACUAUCAAUUCCCAUCAACGGAUAUCAGGCAUUCACUGAUUCAAUGAUAGUGUUACAUUGGAUCCGUGGAGAAGCUCAACAAUGGAAGACAUUCGUGGGCAAUCGUGUGGCCACAGUUCAAAACAUCAUUCCUCCAUCUCGGUGGCAUCAUGUGAGAUCUGAACACAAUCCAGCAGAUCUUGCCUCUCGAGGAGCAACAGCAGAGACUUUAAUGUCCGAUUCACAUUGGUUGCAUGGUCCUCAUUGGAUGAGAGACUUGAACAUGCAAUUUGACGACCCAGAAUUCCAGCUUGAAGACAACAUUGACUUGGAACGACGCAGUCAAGUCACACUAGUUCUGGUCAGUGAAGAUUUCUGGUCAUUCAUCACAAGGUUUUCUUCAUUCUCCAAGUUGGUGCGGUGCAUUGCUAUCUGGCAGAGAUUCAUCAGAAUUCUAAGGCAAAGGCAUGCACAGCAAGAGAUUCCUCGGGGCUCGUUGAAGGUGCAGGAGAUUCAGACAGCGAAAACAACUCUAGUGCGAUAUGUACAACAGCAAGCCUUUCCUAAGGAGUAUCGCGAGUUGACAUCAGGCAAACCAUUGCCGAAAAAGUCUCAUCUCAACAAACUACAGCCAUUCUUAGACAAAGAGAAUGUGAUGCGAGUUGGAGGCAGGCUCAGCAAUGCAAACAUCCCAUAUGAGCACAAACAUCCAAUUUUGAUGCCCAGAAACCAUCACGUGACACAGCUCAUUGCAUUGGAAGUACAUCGGGACACACUUCAUGGCGGAGCUCAACUGCUCUUGGCUCAAAUAAGACAAGAAUUUUGGCCUAUCAGAGGGAUUGAGGUUGCCAAGAAGGUCAUUCAGCAAUGUGUCAUCUGUUUCCGCGCAAAACCGUACACUCUUCAGCAGAUCAUGAGCCAAUGUCAUUCAUCUAGAGUGACCGCAAGUUUUCCAUUUUAUCACACUGGCGUGGACUUCUGCGGACCGUUCCUGAUCAAACCAUUGGUGAGAUCCCAGACUCGAGUGAAGGUGUACAUCGCAUUGUUCACGUGCAUGGCAAUCAGAGCUGUGCAUUUGGAAGUAGUCACAGCAUUGACAACUGAGGCAUUUAUUGCUUCUCUCCGAAGGUUCAUCGCUCGCAGAGGACGUCCAGCAAAAAUUCUUUGUGACAAUGCAACAAAUUUUAUUGGUGCAUCCCGUGAACUGAAGGAGCUACAACGUCUUUACGAUUCGAAGGAGUUUCAAUCAUACACUCAAGAUUUCAGCGCAAAUCAAGGGAUUGAAUUCGACUUCAUUCCACCCAGAAGUCCUCAUUUUGGUGGAGCAUGGGAGUCACUCAUCAAGCGCAUCAAACACCAUCUCACAAGGACCAUGGGAAACACAAGCUACACGGAAGAGCAGCUGAGCACGAUCGUGACUCAAAUCGAAGCAUGCAUUAAUUCGCGUCCACUCACACCACUCACAACAGAUCCUGGUGAUUUCGAGAUUUUGACGCCAGCUCAUUUUCUCGUCGGACGUUCUCUCACAGCUCUACCCGAGCAGCCACUUUUAGAUCACCCAGAAAAUCGGCUGAAACAAUGGACACUCGGACAACAACGCCUACAGUUCUUCUGGAAGCGCUGGAGAGAAGAAUUUCUGCAUACACUUCAACAAAGAUCCAAAUGGACUGACACGCAACCUUCUUUGUCCAUUGGAGACAUGGUCAUCGUCAAGGAAGAUAAUCUCCCACCUGCCAAAUGGAUGCUAGGGAGAGUUAUCACAGUGUACCCAGGAGCAGAUGGUGCAGUACGCGUCGCAGCUAUACGUACUGCAUCUGGAGUGUACAAGAGGGCCGUUACCAAGCUGUGCCUUCUUCCCAUCGACAAGGAUUUUCAGAAACAUCAGUUUCUGCCCGGUCAGGAUGGAUCUGCGCGCCAGGAGACCGCAGAUGUUUCACGCGAGAUAGCGCCACUCGCGGUCGAUGAGAAGUCGGUGAGUCGCGGCCAUCAUGGGAAAGAGGGGAAGGGAGAAGGAGAGACAUAUCAGUAGCGCAGCAACAGUCCAUGCGUACACAGCUCAAGGAGAACUCCGCGUGUCUCAAUCAUCAAAAUUUGCAAGUCAUUUUUUUCUAUAGUUUUAUUUGUUAUUGUUAGUGAAAUUAAAGAGCUUGAAGUCAAGGAA